AUGAGACCAGCCACUAUUGCAUCCACCAUCUUCGUCCUGGCAACCUGCCUCCUGAGGAGCGGCGAUGCGGUGACCUGCACCGCCGACCCCACCGUCACAGGGUGCAUCAACUGCAGCACCAAUCCCACCAACGCGGAGUGCGUGGCCGAGGCAGCCGCUUCCUCCAGCACCUCCACCACAACCACAGCGGCUCCAACUACGACCACCACGUCGCCCAUCUCCUCGGGCGGAAAACGAAAGAUCGUGCGCGUCACCGACCUUAACUACUCCGUCACCCGACGCAUCCGCCUCAAUCCCACCACAUCCGGAUCCACCAACCGCAGUGGCAGGUCCAACGGAAGACGCACCACCAACGGCAACGGCAACCGCAAUCGCAGCCGCAACAGCAGGAACAAUGCCAGGCGCGGAAACGCCAGAAACAGACGCGGAAACGUUCGCGUAUUCGUUGCUUAA